AUGACUACCGUUCGGAACCUCGCGAUCGCUGGGGCUUCUGGAAGUCUCGGAAAAGUUGUUAUCGAGGCCUUGCUCGCAUCCGGCCAAUACAAUGUCAAGGCAUUGACUAGAAAGGGAUCCGACGCGGCCUUUCCGCCAUCCGUGCAGGUGGCAGCAGUUGACUACAAUUCUGUCGACGAGCUGACUGCUGUCUUGAUAAACCAAGAUGUUGUUAUCGCGACUUGUGGUCCCACUGCGCUCGAGUCCCAGAUCCCUCUGAUUGAGGCUGCUGUCGCGGCUGGAGUCAAACGGUUCAUACCCUCCGAGUUUACAGCCGACAUUGGAAACCCCAAGGCCCGGACACUUCCCCAGUAUGCAGGUCAGCUCCGGAUCCAAGACAUCCUCCAAAGUGCAGCCAAUGAGCAUCCCGAAUUCACUUAUACAAGUAUCCGCAACGGAGUCUUCCUCGACUGGGGCCUUGCCAUGGGAUUCCAGGUCGACCUCAAAUCGGAGCACCCUGCGUUCUACGAUGGGGGCGACCGGCCAUUUAGCACAACGACCUUAGCCACGGUCGCACAGGCUGUGGUAGGCGUUCUCGGCCACCUCGAGGAAACCAAGAACCGGGCGGUCUAUGUGCAUGAUGUGGUCACCACGCAGCGCCACCUGCUCUCGCUUGCUCGGAAGAUCGCGCCAGAGCGUCGGUGGGAGCCAGUCAGCGUCAGCACCGAGAAUAUGGAGCGGAAAGCGCGGGAAAACCUCGCACAGGGCAAGGUCGAUCUCGUAUCGCUGAUGGGGUUCUAUUGUCGGUCUGUCUUUGCCGAGGGAUAUGGUGGAGAAUUUGCCCGGGUGGAUAAUGAGGUGCUGGGACUGGGGUAUAAAUCGAACGCUGAUCUGGAGAUCAUUUUGAAGCGUGUUCUCCAGUAG